GACGAGGCGGCGGCGGCGGCGGGGAGAGGACUAACGAGCAAGCGGCUGACCUGCUCGGGGCCGUCGCGACGUUAACCGGGGCUGCCGGGUGGACCGAGCGGCUGCCGCGAUGGAGCAGCUAUCAGAUGAAGAAAUUGACCAUGGUGCUGAAGAAGAUAGUGACAAGGAAGAUCAAGACCUGGACAAAAUGUUUGGAGCCUGGCUUGGGGAACUGGACAAACUUACUCAGAGUUUAGAUUCUGACAAGCCCACAGAACCAGUGAAAAGAUCUCCUCUUCGCCAAGAAACGAAUAUGGCCAAUUUUUCUUACCGUUUCUCCAUAUACAAUUUGAAUGAAGCCCUGAAUCAAGGAGAGACUGUGGAUCUGGAUGCCCUGAUGGCUGAUCUCUGCUCUAUAGAGCAGGAGCUCAGCAGUAUUGGUUCAGGAAAUAGUAAGCGUCAAAUCACAGAAACAAAAGUUACUCAGAAGUUACCUGCUAGUCGACACACUUCAAAACAUGGCACCUUGAGAGGAUUGUCUUCUUCAUGUAAUAGGAAAUUGUCUUCUUCAUCUAAACCUUCCCAUGCUAACUACUCCUUGGAUGACAUCACUGCACAAUUAGAACAAGCCUCCUUAAGCAUGGAUGAGGCAGCUCAGCAAUCUGUUCUAGAAGACUCUAAGCCCUUGGUAACAAAUCAGCACAGGAGAACUGCAUCAGCAGGCACAGUGAGUGAUGCUGACGUACACUCCAUUAGUAACUCCUCUCGGUCAAGCGUUACUUCCGCGGCUUCCAGCAUGGAUUCUUUGGAUAUUGAUAAAGUAACACGCCCUCAGGAACUGGAUCUGACGCAGCAGGGCCAGCCAAUUACUGAGCAUGCUAUUUCUCUGAGAUGUCCCAGCAAGCAGGCCAAGCGUCACAUUGACUUCACUGAAGAACAGGCUGAGCUGACACCUCACUCCUAUCUGGACAGGGAAACCUCCCUUCUUCUGAGAAACAUUGCAGGAAAACCUUCUCAUUUGCUGACCAAGGAAGAACAGGCAGCAAAACUGAAAGCUGAGAAGAUCAGAGUUGCCCUGGAGAAGAUUAAAGAAGCACAAGUAAAAAAGCUGGUGAUUAGAGUCCACAUGUCUGAUGACAGUUCUAAAACAAUGAUGGUGGAUGAGAGGCAGACAGUGAGACAAGUGCUGGAUAAUCUGAUGGACAAAUCCCAUUGUGGUUACAGUUUAGACUGGUCGCUGGUGGAAACCAUUUCUGAAUUACAAAUGGAGAGAAUCUUUGAAGACCAUGAAAAUUUGGUUGAAAAUCUUCUUAAUUGGACAAGAGAUAGCCAAAACAAGCUUAUAUUUAUGGAGCGUAUAGAAAAAUACGCACUUUUCAAAAACCCACAGAAUUAUCUUCUAGGGAAGAAGGAAACAGCUGAAAUGGCAGAUAGAAACAAAGAAGUGCUACUAGAGGAAUGUUUCUGUGGGAGUUCUGUAACUGUACCAGAAAUUGAAGGAGUUCUUUGGUUGAAAGAUGAUGGCAAGAAGUCCUGGAAAAAACGUUAUUUUCUCUUGAGAGCAUCUGGUAUCUACUAUGUCCCUAAAGGAAAAGCAAAGGUCUCCCGGGAUCUAGUGUGCUUUCUCCAGCUGGAUCAUGUCAAUGUUUACUAUGGCCAGGACUAUCGGAACAAAUACAAAGCACCUACGGACUACUGUCUAGUAUUAAAGCACCCACAGAUCCAGAAGAAAUCCCAAUAUAUCAGAUAUCUUUGUUGUGACGAUGUGAGGACCCUGCAUCAGUGGGUCAAUGGAAUCCGCAUUGCAAAAUACGGGAAACAACUCUACAUGAAUUAUCAAGAAGCUUUGAAGAGAACAGAGUCAGCUUAUGAUUGGACUUCUUUAUCCAGCUCCAGCAUUAAAUCAGGAUCCAGUUCUUCUAGCAUCCCAGAGUCUCAGUCAAAUCACUCCAAUCAGUCCGAUAGUGGAGUGUCUGACACCCAGCCAGUAGGACACAUGCGUUCCCAAAGCAUUGUGAGUUCCAUCUUCUCUGAAGCCUGGAAACGAGGCACUCAGUUGGAAGAAUCUAGCAAGGCCAGAAUGGAAUCUAUGAAUCGGCCCUACACUUCACUUAUACCCCCUCUAUCCCCACAAACUAAGGUCAUCACCCCCUAUACUGCUUCACAGCCUUCACCCCCUCUGCCUCCCCCUCCCCCUCCACCCCCUCCUCCCCCGCCCCCACCCCCUCCACCCCCUCCUCCUCUUCCCAGCCAGUCUGCACCUUCUGUGGGCUCAAGAGCCUCUAUGUUUGUCAAGUACAGUACAAUCACCAGGCUGCAGAACGCAGCUCAGCAUUCAGGGCCCCUGUUUAAGCCUCCACCUCCCCCAGUAAUGCAGCCUCUGCCCUUGGCCUCACAGUCCACCAAACCUCAGAUCCUAGUGGCCCCCAGUGGAGUUGUCCCACCACCCCCUCCCCCUCCACCGCCCCCAACUCCUGGCUCAGCAAUGGCCCAGUUAAAGCCAGCACCCUGUGCCCCAUCCCUUCCACAGUUCAGUCCCCCACCUCCUCCACUGAAGAUCCAUCAAGUCCAGCAUGUUCCUCAGGUGGCUCCUCCCACCCAUGCAGCCUUUCCUCCCCAAGCCCCUCCCAAGCCUCAUGUGCCCAUCCCUCCUCCAGCCAGCUCCAAGAGUGUGCCACCAGUUGUGCCACAAGCCACCCCACCCACCCCUAAUCCUCCUGUGCCCCCAACAAAAAAGCAGGCAAAUAUCCCCAUUUCUCAUGUCCCACCCUCUUCCCCUGCUCCUCCUACCCCGUGCCCCCCACCCACACUCCCCAAACAGCAGAGCUUCACUGUGAAGCCACCUGCCUCCCCACUGUCCCCAGUACCCACAGUAGUAAAGCAGAUGGCCUGCCACUUCCCACCCCCUCCUCCUCCUCCUCCUAUGGACUCUCAGCCUCUAAAGCCUCUCCCAACAUGUGUCACCCCACAGUCCCCUCCUGCUGUAAAAGCAAAACCCAAGUGGCAACCCAACUCCAUCCCUGUCCCUUCUCCAGAUUUCCCUCCACCCCCUCCUGAGAGCAGCCUAGUGUUUCCUCCUCCACCACCUCCUCCAGCCCCAGUCCCUGCCCCAUCACCAGUGCCUCCCAUGGCCUCACCCACCCCUGAGAAAGGCGGAUCUCCAGGCAAAAAGCCAAGUAAGAUGUCCAGCCCUGGGGGGAAGAAACCACCCCCAACCCCACAGCGCAACUCCAGCAUUAAGUCCAGCACUUGUGCCGAGCUCGCCGAGCCUAAGCGACCCUCAGUAGACAGUCUAGUCAGCAAGUUUGCACCGCCAGCAGAACCAGGGUCUCCCAUCAAGGAAACCCCACCUCCUCCUGCAGCACCCCCCAAACCUGGGAAACUACACCUUUCUGGAGUCAACCUCCCUGGUAUCCACCAACAGGGUGUGUCGGCAAAAAUCUGUGUUCUGAGUGGGCACGGAAAGGACUCUGUGGUAGAAUUUCCAUCUCCUCCAUCUGAUUCUGACUUUCCACCCCCUCCACCUGAAAUAGAGCUUCCUCUGCCCCCCAUUGAUAUUCCAGCAGUAUUCUCGGGAAACACCUCUCCAAAAAUAGCUGUUGUUAAUCCUCAGCCACAACUAUGGUCUAAAACGUCAGUGAAGAAGGCCCCUCCACCCACUAGACCCAAACGCAACGACAGCACCCGCCUCACUCAAGCUGAAAUAUCUGAGCAGCCAGCAUCGACCACGGUUGUGCCACAAGUGCCCACCUCUCCCAAGUCCAGCCUUAGCGUCCAGCCUGGAUUCCUGGCUGACCUCAACAGGACACUGCAACGAAAGUCCAUCACCCGGCAUGGCUCACUUUCCUCCUCCCGCAUGUCCAGAGCAGAACCCACAGCCACCAUGGAUGACAUGGCAUUGCCCCCACCACCUCCAGAACUGCUGUCUGAUCAACAGAAGGCUGGUUUCGGAGGCAGUCAUAUUUCAGGCUAUGCAACACUGCGGAGAGGACCUCCUCCUGCUCCCCCCAAAAGAGACCAGAAUACCAAGCUCUCAAAAGACUGGUAGCCACAAGACUUUAUUUUCAUGAUAUCUACAAUCAUUUCAGGUGUUCAGAGUCUCCUAGUAUGUUAUUCAGGUAGUGUCCAGCUAUAUGUGUGUGUGUGUACAUGAGCAUGUACACACAUAGCUAUACAGAUUGUGUGUGUAUAUAUAUAUGUAUACAUCUGUGAAUGUGUAUAUAUAGAGAGAACUGAGUGGUUCUAUUUAUUCCUCUCCUGACCUAAUCAGAAAAUGGGGUUUUGUGAUUUGGGGUGGAAGAGGCAUGGAAGGGGGUGUAUUCUGUCUCUUACAGUUUCUUUUGUCUAUCAUGUGGGGUGGACCAAAUUUAGAGGCAUUUCCUAAGUUUCUGUCCAUGUGUUGCCUAUUUGUGCAUGUGUUACAGAAUCAAGUAAGAUGGACAGUGUGCUCUUUCUCUGAGAAAACCACCAGCUUGGCAUAUCCAUAGGGCUUUUUGUUGUUAUUUUUUACCCAGUUGGCUAAUGUUAGAACUGCUUGACUGACAUUUCAUACACACAAGGGUCACUUUAAAUCAGGAAAUUAAUUUCACAGAGUGAAUAAAUAGUGCAGGAAGGGGAAAUUUUUAAGUAAUUUUUGUGGUUGUACAUAGGAAGUAAAUUCAUAGUGUAACCAAACCAUUCUAGUCACAGUACUCCUAAAUGAACCUACCCACAUCUAGGAUGUGUUCACAGGUAAGCUCUUUGACUACAAAACAUGGAAAAUGUAAUGGGAUAAGCCUAGGUAAUUUUGAGUCUGUCUUAGGAAGUCUCAUCAACUUGGCUUCAUGAUUCUCGUUUUCAUGUUAGUGCCCAAUACAGUAUUACUGUAAUGCACUCACCCAGUAUAUCUUUGGGUCACAGUUACCUUCUUACUUAGUGUGUGCUUUAGGUAAAUGCUGGUACCUGUGGACAGUCAGUACAUGAAAUGGGCACACCCUGUGCCCAACAUGGUGCACCCUGACACAAACCAAGUCACCUGCAAUGCUUGUCUUUUUCUGUGCAUUGCUCUCUAGGAGGAGAAGUAAGAGAACAAAAGUGGGCCUUGUUCACAUAUCCUUAAUCAGGUUAUAAUGCAAAGAAUCCAUUAGGCAUGGAAUUAUCCUGGAAGGAAAAGAAAUAAAUGAGCCAUUCCAUAAUUUCAUCCAUUGCUAUUGGAACUACCAGGUCCUUUGCUGUUUAUAGCCUAGUUUUUGAGAUGUGUCCAGGUUACCAGGAAUUCUGAUGGAGCAGUGUCAAAGUCCAUGGAAGUAUGUAUGCAUUAUGUAUGCAUCUACAGCUUGGUGUAACAAGGAUUCGUGGAUCUAAUGACACACCACACUUCUGGAUGCUUCACCCUAUCUUCUAAAUGCUUUUGUUACUUUUUCCUGAUACAUAAGAAAAGGCAGGUACUUGUUUCAUCCAUUUUGAUACAUUGUUAGGAAUAAAAUGCAAUCUUAGAGCUACAUUUAAGCAAGAGAAUAAAACCCAGCCAUACUAGCAAUUACAAAUUCUAGUUACAUAUCUUAAAAAGCUUGUGCCUGUUUGUAAGGAUUACCAGUGCCAAGUACAGAAAUCUUUUAGUCUUGCCCUACAAGGAGAAAGUGACACAAUUGAAGUGGGGCAAAAAUGAACAGCCUUGAGUAUAAAAUCAUGUAUUGUGUGCACCAGGUAUCACUACAACCCAUUCUCAAGAAAGAACUGCAUCAUAGAGCAAAUGUCACUUCUAUCAUAUGUCCACUGUUCAGUAAUCACAUGGUUAUGGAUAAAUAGGAAUAUAUACUAUUGUAUGCUUUUUUAAAGGCCUAUUUAUCUAUUUUUGGAUCUAACAAAUUGUUCAGGAAGUGAUCUUUUUAACAUGUCUGCACUGUAAAAAGUAUGUAUAGCAAAUAUGGGUCAUCUUUGAGUACAGAAUGCCAAGCUCCCCUGGGAUUAGAGUGAAAUAAUUUCCCAUGUUCUUAAUACUGCUGCUUUACAUUCAUUCUAAGACCACCCAGACUUGUAAAGAGUUAAGAAUAUGGAUCCAAUUAUCCUGAAUUUGCAUCUCUAGGCCUUUGUCUUAUUUUUGUCAUUUCAGAUUAGCAUAUGUAGAUGACUUCAGCUUAAGUGGGAAAAAGUAUGCCUCCAAUCUUCUUUCUCCCAUGAUUUGAGCCCUAAACCAACAGCCUUUGUGUUUUGUUUUGUUUCUGUGUGAAUUUCCUGGGAUUUCUUAUUCCUACCCAUCCUGAGUCACUGCUCCAACUUUCUUGGAAGAGCAGAACACUAGUAAUGUGCCAAGAAAGGAGGGGGAGUAUCCAUGUCAUUCCUACUCCCAGUCCAGUGGCACAUUCCCAUUACAUUUCUCUAAUGAUAGAAAUAGCUAUUAUCAAAAAGAACAAAAAAUUCUAAAUUGCUGAAUAAUGAAAUGAAAACUUAAAGGGAAAUAUUUAAUGGUUUUGAAUACUCGGGGCUUGCUUUAAUUUGGGUUUGGGUGGGAUAUAGUUUGGUUUGUUCUUUGGUGUGCUCCUAGAAAACACCUACUGCCAGAUGACACAAGUACUGUGCCUUCUUCCACUGCCUUUGACUCUGCAGAUCCAGCCCACGUGGCUUCUUCAGGCCCAGGAAAGAUACCCUGACAGAUGUGUUGGCUAUACUGACAAGUGAACAGGAUAGAGGAGCCCACUGGUACCCACUGAGGUUGUGAUUUGCUUGACUAAUGACAUCCUUACUACUAACUGAACAUUGCAUCAUUCAGUGCAACUCUGAAGAGCAGCAGGAUCUCAGCUAAUAGAACUUAAGAUCCCCAGGUGGUAGUAUCAGUAUUAAGACUGUUCUCUAUUGAGUUUACUAGCUUGACUUACUACUCAAAUGCUCACUUGAAAAACUAUUAAGAUUUUACAGACUUAACUGGAUUUUAAUUUUUUUUUUUUUGGACUUUUUAAAAAUGAAAAGGGCUGGAUCUUAAGAAAAGUGACCCAGAGGUAGGUGUGGUGGCUCAACCCGAGACCCAGCAUUCUGGAGGCUGAGGUAGAAUCGUUUUGAGACCAACUUGGGGCUACAGAAUGAGUUUCGGGUCAGCCUGAGCUCAGUGAGACCCUGCCUCCAAAAAAAGAAAAAACUAUUUCAUCUGACAGCUCUACUUUCAAAGUAAUAGAGAUAUGACAGUGUUUUACAUUCCACUAAAAUUAAGGUGCUUCCCACCCGCUGACUUUGGAAUAUCUUGCAAAGGGCUGAGAACUACUUUGGGUCCCCUCUGUGUAUGUUUACUUUGUUGCUAAUAUGUUCAGUGUCAAGUUUCAAUUGGGAAGUCAUGAUUCAAGAGAGUAACAGAACAGUUAGGAACUAUACAUCCAUUUCAAGUUUCAGAAGCUGCCAUUCCAGCAGAAAACAACCAGGUUGUGGCUGUGGCAAGGGCAGUUACAAACUGGCCUGCAGAACGUAUCAGGUAACAGUGUGGAUUGUUCCUCCUACUUAGAUAAGCAUUUUUCGCCUUCGCUCCUGAACUAAAUCAUUUUCAUAUUAAAAACAAGGCAGUUUUUAAGCUAGUAAAACUGCAUGCCUGUGUUCACACCUUUGGAGCAGCCCUGAUGUAGUCCCACAGAUUUUAUUGCAGUUGAUACCAUUAAACCAGUGACCCUGUAUAGUUAUGGAUAUGAUUACUUGAUUUCCAUAAAAUAGGUAUUUAGGUUUAUGCACUUAAUGAGAGGGGGGUGGCUUUAAAAAAUCAAUCUCACCAGGUGUGGUGGCCUACACCUUUAAUCCCAGCACUCGGGAGGCAGAGGUAGGAGGAUUGCCUUGAGUUUGAGGCCACCCUGAGACUCCAUAGUGAAUUCUACAUCAGCCUGGGCUUGAGUGAGAUCCUACCUCAAAAAACAAAAACAACUCUUAGAUUGCAAAGACCUCUUGGCACUCUCUUUCUUCCUCACCCUUACAUUAUCUGAUAUAGCUUGAGGCCUCCCUGACUACAGGAAUUCGUGACCUCUUAAGUUAAAAUUGGACCCAGAGAAAUCCAGGAACAGAAUACCAACACCAACCUUAGUAUGUUUCUUUUAAAAUCCAGUGAAAAUAGUUACACCUUUACCACUGUGAAAAAACAAACAGUGCUUAGUUCUUACUGUGCCCUUGAGAAGUCUGUAUGUAAAAGAAAUCUAAAAUCUAGGCGAAGAAUAAACUUGUUCAAUAUAACAAAACAUACUCGAUAGACACACUUGAAGGGGGAAGGACCUCCUCUAAUUGGUUUACCUUGUAAUAGUGAAAACUAUUUGCUGUAAUCCCAGUGCCUUGAACUCUUUGGAGAGGAAUAGCAUUUAAAACACACACACACACACACAAACUUAUGAGGUGCUAAUGAAAGAGAAGGUAUUUUUCUAGUUUGGGCAGAAACGGAAAAAGUGACUGUCUUACAAGAGGGCUUCAUUACCUAGAACAGGGCCUGGCUGUUUUCUACCAAAGACAGAAGUGAAUCAAGUCAGUGGUGGGACUACUACAGAUUUUAAGAGGCAGCCAUGUUCAGCAUCAUGGGUAACUAAAUCCUCACUGCACAGAUGUUGAAGCCUCAACUUCUUAGGCUAUAAAAUUUAAAGACAGCACUUAUCAGGAUGUGUAGGUGGAAACCCUAAAUUUUGGGAUUUCCCAUUAACUAGUACCAAAACUUUUUUUUUCAUGAUUCCACCUCUUAGUUUUUCUGUAUUUGUAAAUAAGCUCUUCUAGGAAAUGAGUAUUAACUGGAAUGUUUCAAAUGACUUUAUCAUCCACUAGUGAACUUUUACAGAGAAGUAUGUUUAAGGUAAAGAUAUCAUUAGCUUGUGCAAAGUGUUGUACAAACAUUGUUUACCACUUUAAAGGAAGUUGCACAUUAUAUUUAACUGGGACUAUUUCUUCUUUUCCCCAUUUCUUGAAAAAAAAAAAUUGUCAAGGCUCAUGCUAAAUUCUAGCUGUUGAAGCUUUGCCACAAAUAGAUAUAAUGUAGAAAUAUGUACUUUUUUAAAGCAUGAAGAUGACAAACAUUUCAAAGCACCAGGUAGAGGACAUUAUUCAGAGAUUAUUCACAGCUCGGUAAAGAUGAAGUUAUGGUUUCUUUCAGCCUUGUUGCUGUUUUCUUCUGCAUAAAUGUAUGCUCCCAUUUCAUAUGUGCCUUGCUCCCUGAUUGUGUAAAGCUAUAUAUAAACAAAUAUAUAUAUAUGAAAGAGAUAUAUUCAUUCAGUACUACUGAUGUUUUUGUUCUAUUGCUGGAUUAAGUUAUUUUGUUACUUUUGCCAGUUGUCAGUAAACUAUUGUAAUGAUCUAGGACAGUAGUCAUACAGCCAUUGUCAAUUUGUUUUUCCAUUUACAUGUUUUAUGUCAACUUACCCAAUCCCUAACUUUUUUAAAGAUUACAUUGAAACACAGGGACCUUUAAUGUUACUGGGCAGGCACCAUUAAGAACCCAGUUUGGGGGACUGGAUGUCUGGCCUAGCAAUUAAGGUGCUUGCCUGCAAAGCCUAAGGAUCCAGGCUCGAUUCGCCAGACCCCAUGUAAGCCAGAUGUACAAGGUGAUGCAUGCACCUGGAGUUCACUUUCAGUGGCUAGAGGCCCUGGUGCACCCAUUCUCUCCACCUCUGGGAGGAGGAUACAGAAGACAAAAGAUGGGGAAUGCAGAGAAUAGGAGCCAGACUAAGAAGCAAGGUAGAGGGACAGAGGUCAAAUGGCAGACGAGGAUCACCAGGGGAAGAGACAAGCUGUCUCUGAAAUAAGAUCAGUAGAAAACUGGCUAAGGGCAUUGCUAAGUCAGGGGAGUGGGAGUUAGGCAAUAUAAACAUCUGAGGUUGUAUCAAUCAGGCUGCUGCUCUCUUCAUUUUGACUCCAUCUUGGGACUCCUCCCACCUAACAUUUUGAAGAUUUGGAAAUAAGAUGUUAGGACUGCCCUGCCAAGUUAGACAUAAAAUGUAUGUUCUGAUGCUUUUUUUUUUUUGAGACAGCGAGGCUGGGGGAGAGAGGGGCAGAAAAUUGGCAGGCCAGGGCCUCCAGCCACUGUAGUCUUACUCCAGACGUGUGUGCCACAUAGUGUAUUCACAGGCAAGCGCCUUAAUUGCUAAGCCAUCUCUCAAGCUGCUCUGGUGCUUCCAAAUAACUGUUAUUUAUCAAACUGAAAAAAGCAGCAGCAGCUCUCCCACUUCGCUCAUCACAUCUGUCAGUUCUACUGGUUGUGGAAACUCCUGUACCUCUGAAUGAAAACCAGUAAUAAACAGCACUUUCCCCAACCCACAA